UGACAUCAGCAUGGCCGUCGACGAAAGACAGCGUGAAAGUUUGAAGAAGAUAUAAAUUCUUGCCAGUCUACAGUCAAUUUUACCCCCAAUACCCACAAAAAAGAAAGGCAUAGAUAAUAAUGAGAGUCGUGGCAUUGAUCAGUGGAGGUAAAGACAGCUGCUACAACAUGAUGCAGUGUGUAGCAGAAGGGCACCAGAUAGUUGCUUUGGCAAACCUUCGGCCCCAGGGGAAAGAUGAGCUGGACAGCUACAUGUUCCAGACAGUAGGCCAUGAUGCCAUUGACCUGUAUGCAGAGGCCAUGAGCCUCCCCCUGUUCAGGCGUACCAUCCAGGGAGGGUCCGUGCAGGUGGGUAUGGACUACACUCCUACUGAUGCAGAUGAGGUGGAGGAUCUAUUUCUCCUGCUUCAAGAAAUAAAGGAGGAAGUUGAGAUUGAAGCUGUCUCUGUUGGAGCCAUUCUGUCUGAUUACCAGAGAGUCAGGGUGGAGAAUGUCUGCUCCAGACUAGGCCUUACAUCCCUUGGGUAUUUAUGGCGCAGAGAUCAACAAGAGCUCCUUCAGGAGAUGAUUGAUUCUCAGGUCCAUGCAAUCCUCAUCAAGGUAGCAGCCCUUGGACUGGACCCAGACAAGCAUCUGGGGCUAACAUUGCAGCAGAUAUAUCCACACAUGUUAAAGAUGAAUGAAAAAUAUGGACUGAACAUCUGUGGUGAGGGAGGAGAGUAUGAGACAUUCACCCUGGACUGUCCACUCUUCAGGAAGAAAAUUGUCAUAGACUGUUCUGAGAAGGUGGUCCACUCAGCAGAUCCUUUUGCCCCUGUUGCAUACCUCAAAUUUCCCAAGAUGCAUUUAGAAGAGAAGAUCCAGGAAAACCCUGGAGAAAUUUCCUCCAGUUUAACUGGUGUGUCAAUAAGGACUGGGGAGGUGAUGGUACAACAGGCCAUCAGUGCAGUAAAGUUACAUGUUGAUAUAACAAGAAGGAAUCAGCAAGAAACUACAUGUACAAGACUAAGACCCUCCAAUAAGAGAGGUGUCCCCAUGCAGGACAUAGUUACUCUGAAGAAGACACAUGGAGCCUAUACCUGGUUGUCUGUAGCUGUGUACAAGCCACAGGACAUAAACAACAAGAGAACUACAGAGGACACAGCACAAGUCGCCAUGGAUACGAUCAAAGACACUCUGGCUGGUAGUGGACUGUGUAUGGCUGAUAUUGCACAUGUACAGUUAUAUGUGGCAGACAUGGCAGAGUUUGGCAAAGUCAACUCAAGAUAUAAACAAUAUUUUUCCAUCAACCCACCCUCCAGGGUUUGUGUGGAAGGAGCGUUCCAUGCAUCAGGGAAACUGGUCCAGUUGGACUGCUGUGUAUGGAGGCAACAGACGGGAGGAGGGGAGAGAAGAACCAUGCAUGUUCAGGGUCUGUCCCACUGGGCUCCUGCUAACAUUGGACCUUACAGCCAAGCUUCACAGGUUGACCAGACCUUGUUCCUGGCUGGUCAGAUCCCCCUGUGUCCCAGCACCAUGCUCAUAGUGGAAGGUGGCAUCAUUCCACAGACAAGGUUGUCCCUGAGCCAUGUUCAGAGGGUAAUGUCUGCCAUGUGUACAGGUGCCAGCCUUAUCAACAGCAGACUUGUCAUCUGUUACGUGACUAACAUCAGUUAUAUCCAAAUAGCAAAGGCUGCUUGGGAGCAGAACACACAGGUAAUGGAUGAUAUCCAGCAGGAUGACAUCAGGAGUGGUGUGGAGACUUAUGUGGUAGUCCCUGCCCUCCCCCGUGGUGCACUGGUGGAGUGGCAUGUGACAGCUACAGCUGAUCCCAGUAGUUGGGAAGAGAAGAGAAGUUUGUGUUCUGCUGGUGGCACAGAGGUGACCUUGGACUGCUGUUACUCCACAGAAAGGCGGACUGCUGCUGUGAAGAUCAGCCUAGGUUUGCCCUGUACAUCCCAGGAAGAGUGCAUAAGUCUAGAAGGGGUGAUCCCCACACUUGUACAUGAGCUGUCUGGUCUGCUGUCAGUCUGUGGGCUGGAGCUGCAGGAUGUCCUGGUAGUAAGGAUUUUCUACCUCCCAGAAGUGGCAGAGGAACAAUGGUUGCAGACAGUUAUGGAAGGUGCACUAAACCAGGAUGGAAGGGGUGCCCCAGCUCUGGCAUUUGUUCCUGUGAGUGCAUUGGAGCCUGGUCAGGUCCUGGCAGCUUGUUGUUGGGUGCAAGGACUACUCGACCAUUGGACAAGAGAAAGUUGAAGGCUAGGAAGUCAUCUUUUUUUUCUGUUUUAUUAUUUUAAUGUUUUGUUCUUACGUUCUAAUGUUAUCAGAUUGUGACCCGUGAUCGCAUCCCUAUGUCCAUGUUCAAGAUUUUGAACAGAUCUUGUGGAGGGAUGGUUGAUUCCUCAAUUGAUGAGGAAAGGACAAGAAUGUGACCCUUUCCUUCCUAACAUUUCACUUGUCUUUCUCACAAACAAUAUUAACAAACCAUGUAUUCUUCAUGAUGCUGAAUCUAACAAAACCUUUUAAGUUAUGUUUGUGGAAUUCAGCAUUCAAUGGGAGAGAGUAACAAAACAUUGGGGAAAACAUAGCUUAUAACUUUGAAAGGGUUCUCAGCUGCUGGGUUACACCAUAUCUUUGUCAGAUAUUCCUUCUGACACUGAGGAAAGAUUCUCUUCUAAUCUUGUCAACUUUUUCAUCAAAGCAUUUAUUACAAAGACAUAAAAUGAUUUAGCCUCCACUUGAUUUGGUUUUAUUCAGUUACAUGUAAACAGUAGUGAACAUUAUUUGUGAUAUGUUGCCUUUGAAGUUUUACCUUUGAUUUGCAAAAGGCAGGCCUGUGACACAAACUGACAAAUGAAUGCACACUGACAAGUAAAUAUCCUUGACCAAGUUGAACUUUGUCUUGGUUGUACAUUGUACAUUAGCUGUCUAGUGUGUAGGGUGUUCGGUUUUGAAAUUUGCAAAACACAUUCAUUAACAGAAACAAGCUCCCCCUCAUGCAACUCACAUGGCAGUAAAGUAAUGGACAAACUGGUUUUGGUUACUUUUAUCCAGAAGAAAGGAUCUAACUAUUCAUCUCAUGUACACUCAAAUAGCACACUUUCAAAAGCAAGUCCACUCCCAAGUUUAUUUCAAAUAAUUUACACAGAAGACAGUAAAAACUAUCAAGAACUGACAAGUAAGUGACAAGUAUGCAGUACAUUUAGAUAGCUGUUACAGAUAAACUGACUGCAGAAGCAAGUGGUGCAUCUGGCUGUAGAAAGCAUUAAAUUUCUGUUGUCACAAAUCAACUUUUCCAUCGUGACACCGCCGCUACCUUCAGACUUUCACAGCUUACUACUGCACUCAGUUUUCACAGUAUUUGGUACAGUAUCAGACACAGCAUGCAGCCUGUAUUGGACCCCUCUCCUCAGAAAGGAGGCCCAAGGCUAUGGACAUGGCAAACAGCCUAUGUUGUUGACUACAAACCCUGAGGUAGAAUCAGCCCAAACGUGGAUCCAUGAGUGGGACCCUUGGACGGAUGGCUCUCCUUCUAUUAUUUUGCAACCCAGUUCCAUCUAAACAUUGUUCUACAGACCUCUCCUUUUUUUCUGCAAGUAUAAUCUAAACAAGAAAGUCUGCUGUGUUUCUCUUUUUAAGUACAGAUAUAUUUUUCUUGUGUUCUUGCUAAUUUUUACAUAUCUUGGCCAAGGAAGGUGUACAUUCAUAGCAACAGUAAUUUCACCAUGAUAUGGGGAAGGUGCUGGUGCUUUGAAGGAGAUCUUCCAACAAAUGAAGUCACAUAAUUGGUGACAAAAACUUCAUUUGCACAUAUAAGCUCCAGAGGUGCUGAUAGUACCUACCAAAACAGCACCUGUAGCUACACCAAUAAAAAACACAAGCUCACACUCCAAA